AUGGAUCUCUCAUUCGACUUCACCGGCGCUUGCACUCAGCCAUCUUGCAUUGCUGACCACUUCGUGCGGACGCCAGGCACAGUAGGACUAUCCAGUGGCCAUGUUGCACGGCUGCUCGCAAAGCUGCAGAAGGAGCCAGCUCUCCCGCAGGUGCGGCUCUCACAGCUCUCGCUCUCCUUGCCAGCUGCAGCUUGCAUCAGCUUGCCAGUUGUCGCGGGGCGGGGGAAGUAUGAUUGGGUAAAUGCAGGCAACUUCAAAAAAGCACCGGUGAGAAAGCUGCACAAGUUCAGCAGCACAAAGGACCCCAAAGCGCUCGGAGCACUCCUGCCAUCGCUGACGAAACCGGGCACAGGCGCACAAGAUUUCAUCUUCAUUCCAUGGCGGUUUCGUCCAGAGCGACAGGGCAUCACGGCUGCUGGCAAAUUUGAUGGGCACAGUUUCCUUGGUCGUGCGAUUCGUCCUGCAAUGUUCCGCAGCCUUCCUCUCCAAAAGUGUGGAGGGGACGUCUUGGCCAGCCCCUCCAUGGGCAAUGGCGAAGCUGGGAGCAUAGCUUUCAUCGUAGGUGCCGGGCGAAGUGGCUCUCGUCGCGCGAUAGCCUUGGAAUCCAAGAGCUUUGCAGGAAGUCGCGUGGCAACGAUGGAGGAAGCGUACAGACUGCUGGAAAGCACCAUCCUCGUUUCGGACGAGGAGGUCGAGCGACGCAUCUUGAGCCGCAUGGAACAGGCCACUCAACACGUGGAUGCGGCUGACCAUGCGCAGAAUGUUGAGAUGGACCUUUUCGGCGUCUCGGUAGCCUUGCUGGAGUUGGCUGGACGCGAUCCCAGCCACAACGACACAAAGGACCUCUUUGUCGACAAUAUGAGGAACCUCGUAGACGAGUUGCAGGAUCAUAUCCACUCCUCCGUGGGUCCCCACCAGGAGUACCUGAACGGCGUGUAUAGCAGCUUCAAGACAUGUGCCAGCGAUCUGGACGCGAGCCUGGCUGAAGCUGCAAAGCGAAACAGCACAGUCAACCUCGGCCGCCUGGCGCAUGAGCGCUGCAGAAUUGAACAAGCAGAGGCAAAGAAAGUGUUGGCGACGUGUGAGAUGGCAAAGCAGGAUCUCGCAAAGGUGGAUGAGUGUGCAGCUUGGCCGGAGGUGCAGGUCACGCCCGUUGCAGAUGCUGGGUCGGCCUGCCUGAAGACGGUUUCUGGGGAGUCCUAUGAGGCUUAUCUUCGCAGGAUGAAGUCACACUGGGACGAGCAGCUCUCCAAGUACGAGGCUACAAAGGCACGCUGUGCAACCCGAACCAUCGAUCCUGCCAAGGACUGCUCCCAGGAAAAGGCCGCAUUGGACACGAAGCAGUUGGAGUGCAAUGGCGCCCAGAGCACUUUCGAGCGUGGCUUUUGUGACCAAGCUGUUCAGGCCAACAAAGCCUGGUACAAAUACCUCGUCUGCUACCGCGCGGCGAAGCAGUCUUACGAAGAUGCUUCCCAGACUGCUGAGACUAUAGUUCAGUCAAAGAGAGUGGACCUUGAUGCCUCGCACCGUAUUGAAUGCUUACUGAAGGUCUUUGCCAAAAAGCAUGACCCAGAAGCAGCUCUUCGAGAGUGUAAGAUUGCUGACCACAGCAGUGAAACCGAGAAGCUCCAGAUUCAGCUUCGCAAAGUACCGGAGGCUCUUGCACCGCCUCCCGCAACGCAUGUUCCUGGAGAUGCAGCCUUUGCGAAGGACGAAUACCUUCACUUGGCUAGCAAAACUUCUGCCCCACUGACCUGCGUACUUCCAUUUCAACUCGCCCCUGCCUGA